GGGAAGGGAGCGCGGCGGGAGGGGGAGGGGCCUCGGCGAGCCCAGAAAAACGACAACGCGAGAAAAAUUAGUAUUUUUGCACUUCACAAAUUAAUGACCAUGAGCUCGUUUUUGAUAAACUCCAACUACAUCGAGCCCAAGUUCCCUCCCUUCGAGGAGUACGCGCAGCACAGCGGCCCGGGCGGCGGGGACGGCGGCCCGGGCGGGGGCUCGGGCUACCCGCAGCCCCCCGCGCCCGCGGCCCAGCACCUGCCGCCGCCGCCGCCGCCCCGCCAGCCCCCCGCCGCCGCCGCCUACUACGCGCCGCGGGCCGCCCGCGAGCCCGCCUUCCCCGCGGCCGCGCUCUACCCCGCGCCCGGGGCCGCCGACGCCGCCUUCCCCUAUGGCUACGGCGCCGGCGCCGGCCCCGCGCGGCCCCCGCCGCCCGAGCAGCCCCCCGCGCUCGCCAAGGGCCCCGCGCAUGGCCUGCACGCGGGCCCCGGCCUGCCGGCCCCCGGGCGGCAGCCCCCGCCGCCCCCGCAGCCUCGCCCCGCGCCCCCGGCGCCCCCGCGGCGCUGCGAGGCGGCCCCCGCCACCCCGGGCGCCCCGGCGGGCGGCAGCGCCCCCGCGUGCCCGCUGCUCCUGGCCGACAAGGGCGCGCCGGGCCCGAAGGGCAAGGAGCCCGUGGUGUACCCCUGGAUGAAGAAGAUCCAUGUCAGCGCCGUCAACCCCAGUUAUAACGGAGGGGAGCCCAAGCGCUCUCGGACCGCCUACACCCGGCAGCAGGUCUUGGAGCUGGAGAAGGAGUUCCACUUUAACCGCUACCUGACCCGGCGGCGCCGCAUCGAGAUCGCCCACACGCUCUGCCUGUCCGAGCGGCAGGUCAAGAUCUGGUUUCAGAACCGGAGGAUGAAGUGGAAGAAAGAUCACAAACUGCCCAACACUAAGAUGCGCUCCUCCAACUCGACCUCCGCCUCCUCCGCAGGCCCGCCAGGCAAAGCACAGACUCAGAGCCCCCACCCAAACCCGCACCCCCACCCCCACCCCCACCAGGGGGCCUCCACACCCAUUCCCUCCUCCAUAUGAUCUUCUAGAGAUCUAGACCAGGUUCUUUCCCUCAUCUGCUCUUCUCCUCUCUUCUGCCCCUUUCUCCACCCACCCCUCCCCGUUGGGACCACAACAGACCCCAAAACAAAACCCAACUAGAUGAAAAGUGUAAUAAAAGAAAGAGGACAUUAUCCUGGUAAGAGUGUGUGCUGGUUGCCACCCAAGAGAGGACAGUGGCCAGGAUGCUGGCUGGUGGCACAGCCUGCUGGCCUAAGAAGGAAGGCUGCCAGGGCUGGGCACCUGAGAAGGACCACUUGGCCCCACACACUUUUGAGAUGGCCGGAGGACCUGUGUGUGUAUAUUUGCUGCAAACAGAAGAAAACAGACCCUUUCCUACCCUUUCCUUGUCUCCCCUCCCUCAUUCAGGCAGCUCAUACAAGCUUGUCUUGAACUGAAUACAUGAGUAGACAUUGUGGACCUCACAGGAUUAUUUAAUUCUCAAAAUGUAUAGACCUCAAUGGUAGCCAUGUCACCAUAGUUCCCCUCCCUUGCACUUAUUUAAAAUAUUGUUGUAGAGGUGUUGUUGUCUUGUUCCGAGGCACAUCUUUGGGGAGAGGGGAGUGUAUUUAGACCCAUGUGCAACUAUACAAACCGUGGUGUGGCUCUAUAGAAAGCCUUGCUAAGAAUAAACUCUGUUUCAAAAAACAUUAAAGUUCUAAAACACGUCUGUGUGCUUCCUACUUUUAAUUUUUUUUAAAGUGCUCUGGAUUGACGUGCUUGACCUUGCCCAUGAGAAAACCUUGUAGAUGACUUGAGUUGUGUUCUCCCGGAUUCUGACUGCGCAUAUAAUGUGUGUGAGUGUGUUCAACUCGAGCUGAACUCUUGUCAAGUCUGACCCGCGGUGGGAAAAGUUCCAAAGAGCAUGAAGGCUCUUGAGCUCUGAGAGGGCUCCUCUUCUUCCCAAACUUGGCCAGGCUGUCAGGCUUCAAGUCUCCGUAAGGCAGAGAAACGUGUCCUUCUGUGUGAUGAAAGGUGAAACCGUGCAGCGCUGCGGGCCCAGGACUCUCUGCAGCUGCUCUGACUCGCUGAACUCUGAGCACACUUGGAAAGAAGUGGUCCCUCUGGUAUUUAUGGCACCUUCACACUUAAUCUGCCUGUUUCCCUGGAGAUAAAAAAUAGUUUGUGUAAAGGGUUGAGAUUGCUUUUUGUUUCCUUGCUGUUUUGAAGGCUCUUUUCAGUAACUAUAGCUUGGGAAUUUUUAUUUGUUUAAUUCUUCCUUUUUCGAGGCAAGAAAUGUUAAAGUAAACUGGAUUUUCCCCGUACACCCUCCAGAGUUUCUUCUGAGGAAAUACAAGGCUGAAGGACACCCCAAAUUGUACCCCAAAGCAAGGUAGACCUGGGAGUAUUCAAACCUGGAAGACAGCCAAACUCUGAACGAGGGUCACUUUCCUCAAAUGCUCCCAGAUUUUUCUGCCCAACCUAGAGAUCUAGAUUUAAAAGGCUGAACAUAAAAUCUACCUCACAACCUCCACAACCCUAGGAUUUGUUUACUGAUUUACUAAUCAGCCCAGAGAAUCUGGACCUGGUUGUCACUGAAGGGACAAGACACA